AUGGCUCCAAAGGGUAAGCAGGUCGAGAAGAAGACCGCCAAGGUCACGAAAGCCCUCGAUGCUAAAAAGAAGGUGGUGAAAGGCGAGAAGGCCAAGGUCCAGAAGAAGGUCCGAACAUCAACCCACUUCUUCAGGCCAAAGACUCUCAAGCUCAAGAGAACUCCGAAGUACCCGAGAAAGUCGGUCCCCAAGCGCAACAAGCUCGAUGCCUUCACCAUCAUCAAGCACCCACUGACUACCGAAUCGGCUAUGAAGAAGAUUGAGGACAACAACACGCUUGUCUUCAUCGUUGACGUUCACUCGAACAAGCCACAAAUCAAAGCUGCCGUGAAAAAGUUGUACAACAUCGAUGUCCAAAAAGUGAAUACCUUGGUCACUCCUCUUCACACCAAGAAAGCUUACGUACGACUGGCCCCGGAUUAUGAUGCUCUAGAUAUUGCCAACAAGAUCGGUAUCAUU